AUGGUGCAGGAGGCCGAGGAGUUCGCCGCGGAGGACAGGAAGGUGAGGGACAAGGUGGACGCGCGGAACAAGCUGGAGGCCUACGUUUACAGCGCCCGGACGACGGCCGACGGCGAGCUGGGGGCCAAGAUGGACGGCGGCGACCGGGAAAGGGUCAAGGAGGCGACGAGGGAGGCUAGCGAGUGGCUCGAGGCCAACCCGGACGCCGACAAGGACGACUACACGGAGAAGCUCAAGGAGCUGAAGGAUGUCUGCAGCCCCGCCUUCGCCGCCGCCUACGGGAACACUGGCGGUGGCCAUGAUGACGCCGCCGAGGACCAUGACCACGACGAGCUCUAA